AUGUCGCAAAUAGGCCCAUCAACACCACCCUUAAAUCUGAGUGAUGGUUUGCCAACAACCAAUUUAAGGCUAAUUAUUAUCUUACUCAUACCAUCCGUGUUUCUUCUUCUGCUGUUGAACUGUUUGUUCCUGGGUUACAAGUUACACCUUUUUUCAAAGAACAACAGAAAAAGACAAGAGGACUACGAAAGUAUUUUACAGUCUACUCUCUCGACCCGCCAGAGAGUGACCAUAAUAUCAGAGGCGCCAUUGUUCCCAAAUCAAGAUGGGAAAAGAGCUUCUUAUAUCUCUGUUUCAGAGGCUAUUUUGGCACAGCCCUUGACCUCUUCAAAGGAGAGGGUAGUAGUGGAGCAGAGGAUCGGAUUCAUCCGUCCUGAUGGGGCCACAGGCGGUGGUAGCUCGGAGUCCCUGGGGACGCCGAGCGCCAUAUUGGCGACAACAGCCGAUACCACCUCCACGGUCGACCAGCCUCGUAGGUCACGCAUGGACAGUAGAAAUAAAAUGGUCUGGCGCAGAAGCGCCCCUGUCCUACCGCAGUCAAGUGAUUCAGAGGCAGAACGGCCUAACCUUGUGCCACCCAAUUCACCUGCGCUAUAUGAUCCACACUCAAGGGUAAGUUCAUGGUUCCAGCCUAAUAUUAGCCUAUGUAACCCUUGAACUCUGUCUUGGAUGUUAUUUAGGACUGUUUUAUGCACGCAGGUAACACCUGACCAAAGGCCCAUGCGUAGGUGCAGCACCAUGGAGCUGCAGGAUGUAUUGAAUAACACAGGGGAACACCAGUUUGAUAUGGUUGAAUUCGAAUGUGAAUAUGCCAGUAGCAUACCUCGAGAGACUUCAUGCUUUGUUGCAUCUGACAACUCUUCCACAGUGGGUCCUGGAUUGGACAGCGACUUUGGUGCAAGUGCAGGUGAGAUGUUGUUAAGCAUACUAGACCAGUGGUUCUAAAAACCUCCUGCUAAAUGACUAAAAUGUAAAUGUAUUUUAGUUAUUCCACAGCUAGCACACUUGAAUCAACUUGUCAACCAAUAAUCAAGCCCUUGAGUAGGUGAAUCAGGUGAGCUAGUUAAGGGCUACAACCAAAUUAUGAAACGUCUAGGGGUCCCCAAGGAGAGGUUUGUGAAAUGCUGUAUUAGACCAUAUAUAGCUGUUGUGUAAAUGUAGUUACAUAAGUCUAAUCAAUGUUUAUUGGUCGCAUACACAGAUUUGCAGAUGUUAUCGCAGGUGCAGUGAAAUGCUUGUGUUUCUAGCUUCAACAAUGCAGUAAUACCUAGCAAUUACAAAACAAUACACACAUAAUCCAAAAAGUAAAAAUGUAUAAAUGUCGGAAACAAAUCCAAGUAACAAUCCAAAUAGCACUGUAACAGUAAACCAAAUGCAAUCUAUACAUAUAUACACCUGAGGAAUUUACACAAAAUACACUAGGAAUGAUACACUGAACAAAAAUAUGAACGCAACAUGUAAAGUGUUGAUCCCAUGUUUCAUGAGCUGAAAUAAAACAUCCCAGAAAUGUUCCAUACGCACAAAAACCUUAUUUCUCUGAAAUGUUGUGCACAAAUGUUUACAUCCAUGUUAGUGAGCAUUUGAGCCUUUGUCAAGAUAAACCUGACAAGUGACAUAUCAAGAAGCUGAUUAAACUGCAUGAUCAUUACACAAGUGCACCUUGUGCUGGGGACAAUAAAAGGCCACUAAAGUGUGCAGUUUUAUCACACAACACCACAGAUGUUUUGAGGGAGCGUGUAAUUGUCAUGAUGACUGCAGGAAUGUCCACCAGAGCUGUUGCCAGAAUUCAAUGUUCAUUUCUCUACCAUAAGCCACCUCCAAUGUCAUUUUAGAAAAUAUGUUGCAGUGGGGGGGGGAUUUAAUUGUAAUUUGUUUGUCAACUUUCUUCACAAAAUACUGUCAAAGUUGAAGAAAAAUAUUAACAAUUGUAAAAGAAAAACAAAACUAAUAUUUUGAUUAUUUAGUUAGUCAACCCCAUGAGUCAAUACAUGUUAAAAUCACCUUUGGCAGCAAUUACAGCUGUGAGUCUUUCUGGGUAAGUCAAAGAGCUUUGCACACCCUGAUUGUACAAUAUUUACACAUUAUUAUUUUUUUUAAAAACAAUCUUCAACCUCUGUCAAGUUGGUUGUUAAUCAUUGCUAGACACCCAUUUAAGUCUAGCCAUAGAUUUUCUAGCCGAUUUAAGUCAAAACGGUAACUAGGCCACUCAGGGACAUUCAAUGUUGUCUUGGUAAGCAGGGACAUUCAAUGUUGUCUUGGUAAGCAACUCCAGUGUAUAUUUGGCCUUGUGUUUUACUCUAUUGUCCUGCUGAAUGGUGAAUUUGUCUCCCGGGGCGUUUCUCAAAAUGCAUACUACCGUGCUCAGAGCACACAAAUUGGAGCACGGGAGGGUCGGAGUAUGAGUCCAAAUCAAUGCGAAAAUGGAACGCGGAGGGCACUUCUUGAAUCCGUACUCCGUUUGUACAUAUUUUGAAGCGUUCAUCGAUGCAAGCUUCAACGGAAAGUAUGAAAAUAAAUAUGACGCAACCACGUAAAGAAUUACGCAAAAUCAACAUUUCUUUAAAUCGAAGCGGCCAUUAUUUGAGCUUCGGAAUGAAAUGUUGCCUAUUCACAUCUUAUAUGUUGCCUUACUAAAAUAUUUUAUAUGGAUACGUGAAUAAAUACAUGCUGUGUUAAUUUUGGCAUGGUUACCUGCCUACGUACCGUAGAUCGCAAGCCCAUAAGUCAAUAGGGCUAACUGGCUAGCUACUAGUACUUUUAGCUAGACAUAUAGCCGCAAACAAAUAGCUCCCCACGAAGAAUUGACAUCUAUCUUGCAUAAUAUAAUUUUUAGGUCAUUUUUGCCUGUUUUAAACUAUCUGGUUAGCUACAUUAUUACGAUUCACAUAUAGCUAGCUGAUAGUUAUGAACCUUCUUCUUUUGGAAGAAGGUUCAGUGAAUGGGGAGGUGCAGCAUGAGGUAAUACAGUAGGGGGAGUGCGAGUGCUUCUCAAAUGUAUUGUUUUAUGCGUUCUCCACUCUCCUCCUCACAAGAACGUACUCAAGAGAAUGUAGUCAGAAUGCACUCAGAGCACAAGAGUGUGGGUCAUGGUAGUAUGCAUAUUGAGAAACACCCCCAGUGUCUGUUAGAAAGCAGACUGAACUAGGAUUUUGCCUGUGCUUAGCUCUAUUCUGUUUAUUUUUCUCAUGAAAAAACUCCCUAGUCCUUGCCGAUGACAAGCAUACCCAAAACAUGAUGCAGCCACCACCAUGCUUGAAAACAUUGAACAAAACGCAACAUGCAACAAUUUCAAAGAUUUUACUGCAUUACAGUUCAUAUAAAGAAAUCAGUAAAUUGAAAUAAAUUAAUUAGGCACUAAUCUAUGGAUUUCACAUGACUGGGAAUACAGAUAUGCAUCUGUUGGUCACAGAUACUUUAAAAAAAGGUAGGAGCAUGGAUCAGAAAACCAGUCAGUAUCUGGUGUGACCACCAUUUGCCUCAUGCAGGGCGACAUCUCCUUCGCAUAGAGUUGAUCAGGCUGUUGAUUGUGGCCUAUGGAAUGUUGUCCCAUUCCUCUUCAAUGGCUGUGCGAAGUUGCUGAAUAUUGGCGGGAACUGGAACACGAUGUCGUACACGUCGAUCCAGAGCUUCCCAAACAUACUCAAUGGGUGACAUGUCUGAUUAGUAUGAAGGCCAUGGAAGAACUGGGACAUUUUCGGCUUCCAGGAAUUGUGUACAGAUCCUUCCGUCAUGGUGCCGUACAUUAUCAUGCUGAAACAUGAGGUGAUGGUGGCGGAUUAAUGGCACGACAAUGGGACUCAGGAUCUCGUCACGGUAUCUCUGUGCAUUCAAAUUGCCAUUGGUAAAAUGCAAUUGUGUUCGUUUUCUGUAUCUUAUGCCUGCCUAUACCAUUACCCCACGCCAUCAUGGGGCACUCUGUUCACAACGUUGACAUCAGCAAACCGCUCGCCCACACAACGCCAUACACGCUGUCUGCCCGGUACAGUUGAAACCGGGAUUCAUCAGUGAAGACCACACUUCUCCAGCGUGCCAGUUGUAUUCGAAGGUGAGUAUUUGCCCACUGAAGUCGGUUACGAUGCCGAACUGCAGUCAGGUUAAGACCCUGGUGAGGACAACAAGCACGCAUAUGAGCUUUCCUGUGAUGGUUUCUGACAGUUUGUGCAGAAAUUCUAGUUGUGCAAACCCACUGUUUCAUCAGCUGUCCGGGUGGCUGUUCUUAGACGAUCCCGCAGGUGAAGAAGCUCUGGUGGACAUUCCUGUAGUCAGCAUGACAAUUGCGUGCUGCCUCAAAACUUGAGACAUCUGUUGCAUUGUGUUGUGUGGCAAAACCACACAUUUUAGAAUGACCUUUUAUUGUCCCCAGCUUAAGGUGCACCUGUGUAAUGAUCAUGCCUUUUAAUCAGCUUCUUGAUAUGCCACACCUGUCAGGUGGAUGGAUUAUCUUGGCAAAGCAGAAAUGCUCACUAACGGAUAUAAACAAAUUUGUGCACAAAUUGAGAGCUUUUUGUGCGUAUGGAACAUUUCUGGGAUAUUUCAGCUCAUGAAACAUGGGACUUUACAUGUUGCGUUGUAUAUAUUUUUUCAGUAUGUGUGGGGUACAGAGAGGAGGUAGUCAAUGUUAAACACUUAUUGCACACAGUGAGUCCAUGCAAUUUAUGAGCAAUUUUUAUUUAGGCUUGUCAUAACAAAAGGGUUGAAUACUUACUCAAGACAUUUCAGAUUUUCAUUUUUAAAUACUUAUACAAAUAUCUAAACAUAAUUCCACUUUGACAUUGUGUGUAGACCAGUGACACAAUCUCAAUUUUAUCCAUUUUAAAUUCAGGCUGUAAUGACAAAAUGUGGAAAAAGUCAAGUUUUUUUUUUAUAUAUACUUUAUUUACAAUAUUAGGCUAUACAUAUUUUUCUCCAAAUAUUUAAUUCUAAGAGCACUAACAGAGAUCACUUUUGAACUGAGUUACCAAAAUCUAUAAAAAGAAAAAAUCCCCACCAGCAGUAGAUAUUAGUGAGCCAUGUCAAUAAUCCAGUAUAUAAAUAUUCGGUGUGUAAACAGUGUAACUAAAAAUGCAUUGUAGUAGAAAUAUUAGAAUGAGCUAUGUCGAAUACGGUAUGAAAAUUAUUACAUACAUGAAAUAUGGAUAUUACAUUUGCCACAAUUUAAGGGAUUCCCUUUCACAUACCUAAUUACCCAUCUGCUUCUACAGGUGUCUCGCUCCGGAUUCUGUCCGCAGACAGCGACGGUCUCACCAACGGUGUGUGGGCCUCAGGAAUGGAGUGGGACUAUUACGACCCGUGCUACGUGAGGGAGAGAAACAUACCCAAACAAAAAGAUCACAAACCUGAAUUACAUACCAAGCAUUAUUGGGUAUGA